GCAAGAAGCUAACGCUGUUAGCUCAGUCAGCCUGUAGACAAUGAAGUAGAAAGACGGUGGUGUUUUUCUAAUGUAUCGCGGUUAAAUAUUCCGCAGCAGCGAUGUGUUCGCUUCAGCGUUUAAGAGAUUUGAUAAACGAGCGACUAACUGCUGCCGAGGAAAUAUUCAGAACCGUAGAAAGAACCGACGUCGAAAACGAGGAAGACAUCGAUCGUCAGCGCAGACUGUUGGAGAUCGUUUGGAAACCCCAAGUCACGUUACAGCGGAUUGAGCUUCCACAGCAGCACUUCUAUAAGGAGGAGGUUUUCACUGAGCAGCAGCUCUGCAACCAGGAGAGUAACUCCAGUCUGGACCAAGAGGAACCAGAGUCUCUACAGAUUAAAGAGGAAGAGGAGGAAAUCUGUUCCAGUCAGGAGCUUGAACUGAAGCAGGAGGCUGAUACCUUUAUGUUGACUCCUGAUAAUGAAGAAAGUGAUCACAUGAAACCAGAACCAGACACUGACCACCAGCUCCUCUCUGCUGUAGCUGAGAGUCAAGAUCAGAGAGGAUGUAAAGAUGUACAAAAAAUCAUUGUCAAGUACGAGGAAGAGGUUGAGAACCUAUGGAAACCUGAAGUACAGUUAGAGCAGAUAGAGCUUCCACAGCAGAAUGUUCAUAAGGAGGAAGAGGAGGUUCUCACUGAGAAGCAGCUCUGUAACCAGGAGAGGAACUCCAGCAUGGACCAAGAGGACCCAGAAUCUCUACAGAUUAAAGAGGAAGAGGAGGAAAUCUGCACCACUCAGGAGCAGGAGCAGCUUGUAAAGGAGGAGAUUGAUACCUUCAUAGUGAGUUUUGAUGAUGAGGACACUGACCACCAGCUCAUCUCUCCUGUAGCUGAGAAUCAAGAUCAGACAGUCCACAUGAGCAAUAUCACAGGUGAAAAGGCCCAUGUAUGCAGUAUUUGUAAGAAAUGCUUUGCGUGUAAAGGGACCUUGAUAAUUCACAAAAGAACUCACACAGGUGAGAAGCCCUAUUCUUGUGAAACAUGUGGAAAACGUUUUCGACAAAACUCACAUUUGAUAAACCACAAGAUAACUCACACUGGCGAGAAGCCUUUUGUUUGCAACAUUUGUAAGAAAUGUUUUGGGCGUAAUGAUAGUCUGAUCGAGCACAUGACAACUCACACGGGUGAGAGGCUAUUUUCUUGUGAAACCUGUGGAAAGAGUUUUCGACAGAGGCAAUAUUUGAAAAUCCACAAAAGAUCUCACACAGGUGAGAAGCCAUAUUGUUGUGAAACGUGUGGAAAGUGUUUUCAGCAUAGACAAUAUUUGAUAAACCACAAAAUUACUCACACAGGUGAGAAGCCCCAUAUUUGCAGCGUUUGUCAGACAUGUUUUGCGCGCAAGUAUCGCUUGGUAGAGCACAUGAAAACUCACACAGGUGAAAAGCCCCAUAUUUGCCAUAUCUGUCAGAAAUGCUUUAUGAUGAAAAGCAACUUGAUAGACCACAUGAGAACUCACACAGGCGAGAAGCCGUAUUCCUGUGAAAUGUGUGGAAAGUGUUUUCGACAACUGGCACACUUGAUAAAACACAAAAGAAUACACACAGGUGAAAAGCCCCAUAUUUGCAACAUUUGUAAGACGGGCUUUACACUGAAAGAGAAUUUGAUGGAGCACAUGAGAAUUCACACAGGUGAGAAGCCGUUUUCUUGUGAAACGUGUGGAAAGUCUUUUCGGCAUAGACCGAGUUUGAAAAUCCACAUAAAAACUCACACACGUGAAGGCCCAUAUGUGCAGCAUUUGUAAGAAAUGGGCUCAAAGGUCCCUCUGCAGCUGCUGGCAAUUCAGUUUUGCCGGAGUCAAUCAUUUGACCAAAAUGCAGGAUUAGGUGUCUCGGACCGUCAUCUAGCCCCUCCCAAUUCCAUUGUAAGUCGCUUUGGAUAAAAGCGUCUGCUAAAUGACAUGUAAUGUAAUGUAAUCCAUCAAGCAGGCUCUCCGCUAUACAGUUCCAGCACGGCUCGACUCUACUCAGUUUGGUAUUGUCUUCCAUUACUUCAUGGUACCUCCUUGACGUGGGCGGAGUCAUCGUAGCAUGGCUGUGUGAGAUUGCCGUGACAUGGGUUUAAACGCUACACAAACCAGCUCACGGGCCUGGGACAAUUGACCUGUUUGUCCCCCGUCGGCGAACAUGUGUUUGUUUUGUAGAACGAUAGCUGGAAGACAUGGCUGAGCCCAUUGUUGCAGGGUAUGUGCCGUAUGUUCUCUUAAAACUAAAUAAUAAACCCAAGACUGAUAGGAUUCGAUGCAGCUCCAUGUUUUGCUCUUAUGUGGCGGAAACGGAAGUUGCCCUGCAUUAACCAAUAGGUGUUUGUCUCGUCUUCUCCUUCAGUAGUUCUUGAUGCAGCGCCGCCUUAGGUGAGGAGGAGCAUACGUUAUUUAAAGGGUACACUAAAGCUCAGUGUGAAAGCAAACUCGGACCGGUUGAAUGUUGCAACCCCCAAUGGAACUGAGUCUCCAAUCGUCAAAACAAGUCUUCAAAGUCCUGGAAAUAAAAGUUUGCCUUGUUUCCUUUUUCCUGUUCUUUGAGUUUUAACUUGGUUUAAUAAUGCCACCUCCUGGCUUGGAUGGUGGAACCUUUUAUUCAUCUUCUACUGCUUUAUCCUCCACAUGAUGGUCUUGGUUGGUGCUGGUUCCUAUCCCAUCACAGAGCCACAUACAGAGACAAACAACCAUCCGCCCUCAAACCAAUGGUGAAUCUACAGCAUUUGAUUUGCCUUAUCACCAACUCUGCAUGUUUUUGGACCGUGGCAGAAAACUGUCUGCUUUUUUGUAUUCCAUAGAUAAUACUACACCACACAGUUUUAAAUAAAGGUGCUUUUGUGUAA